CAUAAUAUUUAUACUAUUUUACAUUGCGCUUAUGCAAAGUUAUUAUUUAGAGUGUGUUGCGUUCUAUGUAGAAGCACCAUAACAUAUUUUAAAAUUACUUUGCGGCUUGUAUUAAUUCUGUUUCUUCUGUGUGAAUGUCAACUAGCGCACUGCCUCUGUCAGUCAGCUGGGGUAGGUGGGGUCACAAAGAGCCAAGAUGGCUGACUUUGAGGAGCCGCUGUCAGAUGAAGAGAAGGUCCGCAUAGCGGCCAACUUUGUGACUCAUGCCCCCCCGGGAGAGUUCAAUGAGGUCUUCAAUGAUGUGCGGCUUCUUCUCAACAAUGACAACCUCCUCAGGGAGGGGGCAUCCCACUCCUUUGCCCAGUACAACAUGGAUCAGUUUACUCCUGCCAAACUAGAGGGCUACGAGGAGCCGGUCCUGAUCACAGAGCACGGUGACUUGGGUCAGGGACGCUUCCUGGACCCCCGCAACCGUUUGGCGUUUCGCUUCGACCACCUAAGAAAAGAGGUGAGCGAUGUGCAGCCAUAUGAAGGAGAGGCGGCCUUGAGAAGCUGGAGAGAUGCCUGCGAUACCUCCCUUUGUGCCUAUGUCAAAGAGCACUACCCUACUGGAGUCUGCACGGUAUAUGGGAAAACGGUUGAUGGUCAGCAGACGAUCAUAGCCUGCAUUGAAGGACAUCAGUUUCAACCCAAAAACUUCUGGAAUGGUCGCUGUAGGUCAGAGUGGAAGCUUACCAUCGGUCAGUCCACUGCUCAGGUGGUGGGAGUGUUGAAAAUCCAGGUGCACUACUAUGAAGAUGGGAAUGUGCAGCUGGUUAGCCAUAAGGAGGUCGAGGAAUCAAUACCAGUGACUAAUGAAACCCAGACAGCCAAGGAAUUUGUUGAUAUUAUUGAGAAUGCGGAAAAUGACUACCAGACUGCAAUCAGUGAGAACUACCAGACCAUGUCUGACACCACCUUUAAGGCCCUGCGUCGCCAGCUGCCUGUCACACGCACUAAGAUCGACUGGAAUAAGAUCCUAAGUUACAAAAUUGGCAAGGAGAUGCAGAAUGCCUAGUCGAAGGUCAGGGACUUACCAGGGAGACGCACGCUCCACUGGGCCCACAACCCGCCUAUACAUGCGCAAGGACUAACCAAAGCAAAACUAUAUCAGUAUGGGGCAAGGAAUUAAUAAAAGAAAAAAAACAAAAAAAAGUAUAACUGAAGAUUUGCAGACUAUUAGGCACAGAUAUCCGUCUGCUGUAAGGAAGUUGUGGUUAUGGAGAUAAUCAUGGUUGGGAAAAAGUGGUUAAUUCUGGGUGUGUGUUGUGAAAGAGUUGUGUUGGGUCAGUGUCCAGGGCUGUGCUCAGGACUGCCACAUUAAAGAACUAAAUCUUCCCUCAGCCAUCGAAGGAAUCGCAGAGCUCACGAGAGUCAGGUGUCAGAAGUUACAAUAUUUUUCCUGAGUUAAACUGAUGCAGAGAUCUCAGCACACACAGAGAAGAAUCAGGACCGCACAAGGCAGCUGACGAGAGAAAUUAAGCACAGCAUCACAUAUCAGGGUUUGAUUUUGGACAGGAUCUGAAUUUUUUGAAAGUUUUUGUUUCAUUGUGGUGGAUUGGAAAUAAGGUGUGUCAGUAAUUGGGACAUUAACAGGAAAUUGAAAAGCAGUCAUAUGACAUUUUAACCGGCACCAAGCUUAACGUAAUCCUGACCUGACAUCUUAGCUAUACAUUGCUAAUGACGUGACAGUAUUUCUACCCGUUAACUUUUAGGAGUGGCACGAUCCUCUGCAUAGCUCUGUUCCUGCACUGUGCACCUGUAUGUUUGUCUGUGUCUGUCAGGGCUGAGGGAGUGUUUACCCGUUUUCUGUUGUGCUCCCAUGAUGUACGUCUCCACCCACGCAAGCAUUGAUGACUGAAUUAAGAUAAGGCAACUUCGACGCUGUUGCAUCUAUAAUGCAUUCUCCGUUCUGUUACUUACUGGCAACACCACCUCCAUUGCUGUACAGCUUUUCCUUUGUGAAAGGAAAACAUACUCAUAUUAACCAAGAUUUAUUUGCCAAAAUCUCUUUCCUAUGGUAAAGAACUCCAUCCUCCCACCCAUGUAUGCAAAUUUCUAUUUUAAUACGCUGGUUUUUUGUUGUUGGAGUCUUAGAAUAUUGCACUCUUUAACUGUAACAAACUGUUUGUGUGUUGGUCAAUGCCAAGUGAACGCAAAGCAGUUGCCAUGUAAAGGCAAGAUCAUAUACUGUAUACGUCACAUGACUUCUGUAAGGCCAUAUCAUACUGUGUGUGUUACAUAACGUCUAAGUAGGCUGACUCUGGAUCAGUUACUUGUUAGCGAUACUACGUGCUGUGUUCAACCCUCACACUAUACUACAACUGUGUGCCGAUCAGUUAUAAAGCUCAAGACUGUACUGCCCCAUUCUGUUGUACAAAUAAAUGGAUUGAACAUC